GAAAAGAUAAUCGAUGAAAAGCGACUCAAAACAUUUCUGUUGAUUUGUAAGAAUAGUUUGGAGAAAACCAAAGUAAUGUUGGACCAGCAUUACACUAUAAAACUCUCAGCACCAGAAUAUUUUUCCAAGUGGGAUCCGACAUCACCAGAGAUAGUUAAAAUAAUGAAAUUAUUUUGUUACGUCCCAUUUCCAAACCCGACACACGAGGGCCACAGAGUUCUCCUACAUCGUAUUAAGACGGAAGAUGCAGAAAAUUUUGUAUAUGAUGAUAUUAAUAAAUUAGUUUUUAUGUCAAUAGAUCUUAGAGUCGCCAAGUUAGACACCUAUAACAAAGAAAUAAUCUUAUAUGAUUGCAACAAUUUGUCAAUGAAUCAUGUAGCAGCAAUAAUACCCAGUAUUAAGAAAGUCCUUGAAAGUUUAUUUGCGGCAUUUCCAUUACGGUUACAUGGCAUUCACAUAAUCAAUACAAACAGUUUUGUAAACCCAUUAAUUAAUCUAUCAUUAAGUAUUAUGAAAAAAAAAGUUGCCGGAAGGGUGAUUAAUCACAAAUCCAUCGAAGAAUUGAAAAAUUACAUCGAUCCUAGUGUUCUUCCACUGGACUACGGAGGGACUUAUCCAAAGACGUCUGACGAAAUAAUAGAUGACUGGCAUAUUGAAUUGAAGAAGCACCGAGAAUGGUUUAUAACACAAUCGUCAAUUGUUGCAGAUAAUAGUAAACGCCCGAUAAAUUCCAAUAAUCACUUGGAUAACGCAAUGGAAGGUUCAUUUAGGAAAUUAGAUGUCGAUUAGUAACGAUUCAUUGUCAGUGAAAAUAAAUAAGCUUAUUCUUAAGGGAACAUCAUGCGUUAUAGUUGUACAUGCAUGAUGUUAUUUUGGCAAUAGAUUUAUUUUGGUGUACUUAAAUUUUAAAUUUUUCUGGUGAAAGAGUAUUUUGUUAUUCUAAAAUAAUAGUGUAAUUUUAUGUGGUGUAACAAAUUAUGU